CAUGCAGCCGGUCCCUUUUCUUGAGAAACAGGAUUUUCCUAGUUAAAACACUUAUAAAAGAAGGGAACUAGUUUAGGACUUAAACAGAUUUACUUAUUUCUUAAGUAACACGUUAAUUUGACCACGAAUCAAGUCUAAACAUCGCAAGGGAAAUGGCUACUAGGUGGGGCAUAUGUAGUUGUGGGAGCAUCAGCCAUGAAUUUGCUAGUUCACUGACUAUUUUGUCUUCCCAGGAACACAAGAUAACAGCUGUAGCUGCUCGUGAUGUGGGAAGAGCAAAAAAGUUCGCAGAGUCAUACAGUAUUCCUAAGGCUUAUGGGUCAUAUGAGGAACUAGCCAAAGAUCCAAAUGUUGAUAUUAUUUAUGUGGGUGCAAUUCACAAGGAGCAUCAUUCCCUGUGCAAGUUAUUCCUUCAUCAUAACAAACCAGUAUUAUGUGAAAAACCUCUUACCAUGAAUUUGAAGCAGGCACAAGAAAUCAUAGCUGUUGCAAGUGAGAAGAAGUUGUUCUUUAUGGAGGCUUUAUGGAGCCGUUUCUUCCCUACAUAUGAGCAAAUAAGGAAAGAACUAAGGAAUGGGUCAAUUGGAGAGGUUCACUUGGUAGAGGCAUCUUUUGGCAUGGAUCUUUCUGAAUUAGACAGAAUCACACAAAAGUCACAAGGGGGCAGCACCUUACUUGACAUUGGUAUUUAUCCCAUCCAACUGGCUUGUAUGGUAUUAGGUGGGAAGCCAAGCAAAAUAGUUGCCUCGGGUCAUUUAUACCCAAAUGGUGUUGACAAGACCAUGAGCAUUGCUUUACUCUACUCUAGUGGUGCUAUGGCUCAUCUUGUGGUGAGCAGCAAUGUGAACUUGCCCAACAAAGCUGCCAUUUAUGGGAAAAAGGGAAGAUUAGAGCUUCCUGAAACUUUCUGGUGUCCCACCAGGCUUAUCACUCCAGACAAGUCAUAUGACUUCCCAUUACCAAAAUGUCAUUACCCAAUUAAGUUGACUCACAGUGAGGGUCUCUGCUACCAGGCACAGGCAGUUAGGGAAUGCCUCAUCAGUGGUAAGCUGGAAAGUUCUCUAAUGAGUCACCAGGAUUCUUUGGACAUUUUGGCCAUAACUGACGAAUGCCUGAGACAGCUUAGUGUGGUCUUUGAUGUUGAACAAUAGUACAUAUGUACUGGUAUCUCAUCGACGGAAUAUGGUUGAAUAUGUACUCAAGCACCACUUCAUUCUUUACACAUGGCACAAAACAUUGAUAUUUCAUUGACUGCAACAUGUUCUAUUUUAUGAAAUAAGAAUAUUAAAAUUGUAUUAGAAUACUGCUUUUAUAUUCCAUAAUAUUUUCUUUUGAUAAUGUGCUUUAAUGCACAUUUUAUUUGUACAAUUACAAGCAGCAUGUACUGGUAUUUAUUUGUUCUAUAUUUUAUUAUAGUGUUUAUGUGAGGUAGAGUGACUUUAUGUAAUUACUGGUUUUAUUUAAAUUAGUUAUGCUCAUUAUUGUUUUAUAUAACUACUGUUUUUGCACAUAUAAUGAUAUUUGAACUAACAUUGCCAGCUGUUUUAUGCCACUCAUAGGAUAUGAAGUUGAAGAUCUGUUUUGUAGAUGGAAUAUAUAUAAAAAGUAGUAAAUAAAGAGGGAAAACAUGUUG